UCCGUUUGCGGAGAGUGUUCUACGGGUCCGUGGACUGCAACCAGACUUCCUACCUUACGCCAAGCUAAAUGACUUGAAGGAGGACAGGUAGAGCUGAUUCCAAAACAGAUACUACUCUUAAAUAGGUUUUAUUUUUCCGGUCGUGUACACGGAACUGAAUGCAACGGUGUCGCGUCUUAAAUGUGAGAUACAUUCUGCGUUGUUGAAAGGUUUGAAUCUGGAAUAAUGUCUGAGGGAAGUUCGUUUAUGAAAGGGAUGAUCCUAGGGGGUAUUUUUUGCCUAGUGAUGUCUCUGUUUGGAACUUUUAUUCCAGGACUUCACUCAGAAGGUGAUGAACAUCUCCACCACCAUCUGAAACCUGUUAGCAAAGAUGAACUACAAAAGCUAUCUGAGGCUCAGAUGUCUGACCUCACCCAGCAGGUUCGAGUGUACUGUCUCAUCAUGGUCACCCCCAGGCUCCUGGUUUAUUGGGCGACAGCCAACGACACAUGGAGCAAACACUGUGACAAAUCCGUGUUCUACACCUCAGAGUCUGCCAAAGCUCUAGAGGCACUAGACCUACAGGAGCAGGACGAGUGGGCAAGGCUACGCAAAGCCAUCAAACACGCCUACGAGAAUGCUGGAGACCUGCGCUGGUUCUUUGUGGCACGGCCCACCACUUUUGCAAUUAUUGAGAACCUCAAGUAUUUGGUACUGGAGAAAGACCCAAGCCAGCCUUUUUACAUUGGCCACACUGAAAAGUCUGGAGAGCUGGAUUACGUGGAAUACGACGGCGGGAUCGUGUUUAGUUAUGAGGCAGUGAGGAGGCUCGUGGAGAUAUUCAAAGAUGAGGACAAAUGCCCAGAAAGAGGCCGUGCCUUGUGGAAGAUGCCUGAGGAGAAGCAGCUUGCCACCUGCCUAAAGUACAGUGGGGUGUUCGCUGAAAACGGAGAGGAUGCACAAGGCAAAGGACUUUUUAACAAGAAAAGCAUUAGCACGUUGAUUUCUGACAGCAUGAGCCAAAACCCAGCCGAUGUUGUGGAGGCCUGCUGUUCAGACAUGGCUAUCACAUUUGGUGGCAUGACUGCAAGCCAGAUGCAGGUCAUGAUGUAUGGUGUCUACAGACUUCGGCCAUAUGGACAUGACUUCCAUGAUUCUUUAACGUUUUUGCCUCCUAAAGACUCAAAUAAUGACUGAUUCACUUCAUGAUUUCUGUAUUUGGACUGCUACUGUUCUACACUGAUCAAUUCAAAGAAUGUUGGCCAUAAUGGGUGUUUUUAAUCUGGGUGCAGGGCUAAAUUAGCUUUGAUGUGAAUUAUGUACUUUAUCUGCGAUUAUGUUCUUUGAAGGUUGGUGUUGGUAUGCAAGUUGUAGGCUUUUUACUCUUCUAUCUGCUGAACCUGUGUUCUGACGAAAUCAAAACCUUGUCUCUAUUACCAAAUGGAUAAAAGUUUGCAUUCAGGUGUUAAGGGCUUUAAAUUAGCAUAAUUUAAAAAUGGGGGCCAAUAUUGGAUAAUUUUGUGCAAACAGUAGUAUUUUAAAUUAAAUUAAUCUCCGAUUUAUUAAAGGCACAAAGGAUCAGAUAUGCACUGUGAUGCAAAACGAAAAUUCCUGCUGCAGUAUGAACUGGGUGCACUUGCGAAACUUGCAUGUAGCAAUUCACAACAACAAAAAAUCAUUAGAUACACAAAUUUUCAAUGAGUACUGUAUAAAAUCUCAUUCUUUUUGACGAGAGCCCAUUGAUUCAGCUGUUUUAAUUAUUAAAAAAUAUAUAUAUAUUUUGAUGAGGGAUUAGCUGGUAGGUAAUUUAAUAGAUCUAAAGGCUUUCAGAGCAUCUGGUAUGAUCCUUUUGAUGAACUUUUAAAUAAAGUAUUUUUGGAUAUCAUUUGUCAAGCAGCAAAAAAGCUUUCUCCAUUGUUUAUUUACAGUAACUUGUAAAAGAAAGUUUGUGUACUUUAUAAGAAAUCAUAUGAAUGUGGUUUAAAAGUAUAAUCCAAAUACACUUAAUUUAGCAUAGAAAAUGUUCUAUUUAUUUACAUAUCAAAAUACUGUUUAUAUAAUUUAGAGCUACUACUACAUCAUACACUGGUUUGUGACCUUUUUCAUUUCAUAUACUGUAUUUCUUUUUAUAGUAAACAUCAGUCUUCACAAGGAUUCAGAGGUUUAAGGUGUUCACUCCAACCUGCUUUUAAAACAGUACAGGACAAAGGAAAGUUUACAAAUAAAAAGGUAUUGUCAACACAUUAUGUUGUGCAUGCACCCUUGAAAUUUAAUUUAAAUGUUCAUGUGGAUAUUUUAGCUUCAUUUCAACACUAUUGAUAGGCACUAACUAAUUUAACAAAUAACACAGAAAAUUAUAUUUUGUAGUAAUUUAUAAAACUGAAAAAGUAAAUAAAAUAAAAAAAAAUGGUAUUCUGUGCAAAAACAACUGGUAGCUUUAAUUAAUGGUGUUGUGCCCUUACAGCUAUCACUUCAUGGUUGGAUUUUAUGUACUUGUCAAAACUACAUGGAGAAUUUUUUCUUUGCGCUGAUUGACAAUUCUUACAUAAAUUGUGAAUAAUUUAAACAGAAAUUUGUUCUGUUCUUGUUUUAUGAAUGAGGCUCAUUGUGUGCAGCCGUGCACUCUAACUUGGAACAAUUCAUUUGAUAUUGACGGUGACACAACUUGCCUGUAAAUCUUUGAUUCAGCUCUUGGGAUGAAUUUUAUAGGAAGACCUGACUUUAAUAGUUUGCUGGAGAUCAGAUAUUUUCUCUAUACAUAUUAUAAUGGCUUUGAAAGCUUUGCCAGACUCAUAGGCUUCAACAAUCUUCUGAGAGCUCCUUUUAUCUGGGCAUGAUGGGACUGCAUUGCUUAAACCAAUUUGGAAGGGCACUAUAUAAAUAAAACAUUAUUAUUAUUACUUUGAAAGAAAUUGUUUUCUUAAAUGGGAGCAAAUGAGCUUUUUCAGUCUUAUUGUUAAAAAACAGAUUACCUUUUAUGAGUUUUGUGGGACUGAUGAUCAGAUAUUCAUUUGAUGGCAUGUAUUUAGACAUUUCAAUGACUUCUUGACAAUAAACUUGAAACCUGAA